AUGAAACGCAAAUUGAGAGAGUCAUCGGGAGCUGUCAAGUUUAAAGAAUAUAUGACUAAACAAGAAACUACAGAAGAAAAAAUUCUAGAGAUACUUACAUCGGAUAUUUGUAAAGUUAAUCAAGCUCCUAGUGUCAAUGAUCAAGCUGCUCAUGUGAAUCAACCUAGUACUUUUACUGUUGGUGCAACUAUAAGUGUCAUUGACGACAUGGUAAACAACGGGUUAAUGACAAAAGAUGAGUUAUGGUGUUUUGAAAUUAGCUUACUUGAAGAUGCGUUAAAAAGAGAAAUUUUUAUGAGUCUUUCUGAUGAUGCUAUAUCAAAAUAUGGAUUGAAGUCAAGUGAUAAAAUGCCAGGCAUUGAAAAGUUAGGGGUAUUCUUAUAUACACUUGCGUUAGGUAAAUCGAAUAGGGAUGCUGGUGAGCGUUUUCAAAGGUCGGGGGAGACUAUUAGUAGAGUAUUUCAUGAGGUUUUAGAGGAUUGCAUCGGAAGUAUUGAUGGUACACAUAUCCAAGCAUGUAUACCCGAGAGUAAACAAAUCCCUUACAUAGGUAGAAAGGGCGUGCCUACUUUUAAUGUAAUGGCAACUUGUGAUUUCGACAUGUGUUUUACCUUUGUAUCAGUUGGAUGGGAAGAAUCCGCUCAUGACACACGUGUUUUUCUUCAUGCUAUCAACACGCCUUCAAUGAACUUUCCAAACCCUACCAAAGGUAGAUAUUAUUUGGUUGAUAAGAGGUAUCCAUUUAGACAAGGUUAUUUGGUUUCAUAUUCCAAGACAAGAUACCAUCUAUCUCAAUUUGAAAAUGAACCCCCAAAUAACAUGCAAGAAGCUUUCAAUCGUUCUCAUUCAUCUCUUGGAAGUUGUAUUAAAAGAUCAUUUGGAGUCUUGAAGAAACGAUGGAAAAUACUCCAAGGAAUGCCACAAUUUAGUGUGAAAACUCAAAUUGAUGUUAUUAUUGCAACAUUUGCUUUGCAUAACUACAUUCGUAAUAAUUCUAAAGAUGAUAUGUUGUUUACGAGAUUAGAGCAACACCCGAAUUUCAUACCGCAAGAUGAACUUCAUGAUGUUCGUGGUCAUUACACAAACAACGGAGAAUCUUUUGAAGGAACAUCGAAUGUGAUGAAGCAAAUACGUAAUGAUAUCGCAACUUUAAUAUGGAAUGCACGUGCUCGAUAA